AUGUUAGAUGGAAUAAUUGUACGAGCUCAGAUUAUUGCGGUAAUUGCAAAUAUGAUAUUAUCUACAAUUGCAAUUAUAGUUAUUCUUAUAACGAUAAGAAUAAUUCGAAAAGAAGGUAUCACAGAGCUAAAUAAUGUCGCAAAAAUUUUACCCACAGCUUUAGAUAGCAUUAGCUAUUGUGAAAUUUCCGCUCCUAUUGUAGCAACAAUUGCUAAUUGUAUGAAAAUACCAUUAAAUGAGAUUGUGAAAGAAUAUAAAGAAGGUAGCAUUAAACGACGAUAUAUCGCUUUGGAAAUAUUUCAUAGUGAUUCGCUUACAUGGAAAUUACUAUGGAAAUUUCCAUCAAAAUUUAUCAAUUAUGGAUAUAUCGGUGAAGAGCUUAUUGUUAAAGCAAAUUAA